UAGUUAGGGUGCAUGCAAACUCUGUGAACGGGAGACCCUCUGCUGCGGUGAUGAGAUUAGAUGUCCCGGUCUUGGGUCGUAGACUACAUCCACAACCCGCUGCCCCUCGCCCUUCUGUCCAUCAGUGAUUCUUAUUGAGGUUCAUCGUUUCAACCAAAGAUACUAGAGGAUCUAGUAUCUUUGGUUUCAACUCAACACCGCUUCAGGUUGGAUUACGUGUGGAUUGCUCCAGCUCUUCCGGGUCAGGAAUACAGACCUAGGCAUCUGCCCCCACCCUUCUUCCAAUAACACACACACACACACACAGAGCCACAGCAGCGGAGCUCAGCAGAUCAGAGGCGGCGGUGCAUCUGCCGGACGAGUCGAGCCGGCGGAGCCAGGCAAACGCCAAACACACCCAUCAGGCGGCUUGUUUGUUUGCAGCGAGCUAGCACCAUGAAACAGUUCGGCGGCGGCGGUGGCGAAAGCAGUAGCAGCAACAGCAGCAGCAGCAGCAGCAGUAGCAGUUAAGAGAUGGAAGAUAAAAAGCCAGCUGGCAUCAGGCACAUCCCCGACCCUGGGCGCCCGAGAGAUGCGGGCAGAGCCGGGAGAGGAGGGGGUGGCACUGCCCAUGCUGUGUCCAAGUGCGAGUUGAGUGGCGUCAAGGGAGAGCAGCCGCAGGAUACCAUCCGGCGAGUGUUGGACUUCAAGAGCCAAGGCACCCAGUGCUACAAGGAAAAGAAAUUCCGGGAAGCCAUCGGCAAGUACCACCGGGCUCUGCUGGAGAUGAAGGGUUUCCUGGCGGCGGGCGAGUGCGAGUCCUCGUCCGCUGCCGUCCUGGUGCAGCCUGCCCCGGGGAGGGCGCCGGUGAAACUGAGCGAGGAAGAGAGGAAGGUGGUGGAGAGCAGUGAGAUCGAGUGUUACAACAGCUUGGCAGCGUGCUUACUACAAGCGGAACUCGUGAAUUACGAGCGAGUAAAGGAAUAUUGUCUCAAGGUCCUGAAGAAAGAAGGAGAUAAUUUCAAGGCUCUAUAUCGCUCUGGUGUGGCUUACUACCACCUUGGGGAUUAUGACAAAGCUUUACAUUAUCUGAAGGAAGCAAAUACCCGAGAGCCAACAGAUACAAAUGUGAUCAGAUACAUCCAGCUAGCAGAGAUGAAACUCAGCAGAAGCUCACAGAGAGAGAAAGAAGCGCUGUAAGGAGAUGAGACACCCCAGGAUUGUGAGCGGACCUUUGGAAUGCUGACUGGUGGGCUAUGCUUCAGCGUCGACCUUGUUCCCUGGAUCGGAUGCUUGCCUGCACAUCACUGACUCUGGUUCCUCAGCUGAAGACUGCAGUACCACGCAACGCACCAAGUUCAGCAACUUUGUGGAACCGGGAAUGGAUUGCAAGUGAGCCCAGGCUGUGAUGUCAUUGCAAGACCUGAGGCAAGCUUGGUUAGGACAUUUUUUUUUACCCGUCUUGUUUAUCAAGGAAGGUUAUAUAUUGAGGAAGUCCUAUAUAUACCGGCAUUGCCAAAUGUUAACUGACAUGAAACAUAAAAGGCAGAAUGGUUUCGUUCUUCACGAAUUGGGAGAGAAGUGCUUUUGCAAUGACAUCACAACAAUCCCAUGAAAUGGUCAACUUCAAAUAAACUGAUUGAAAACUGGGCAUGCGAGUCCAUCUCAAAACAAUUGGUUUUAGAAUACAAAACAUUUGUGCAUUCCUGUACAUUUGCGCUGUCGUUUAACCUUUACUUGUUGAAGGUUUUGGGAUGGAAGGAAAGGUUGAGUGUUACUGUUUAUUAAACUAGGUCUCAUUUAAAAUAAUACACAUGAAUUAUUAUAUAGAAAUUUUAAAAAUCCUGUACAGACAACGAGAGAAAAUACGUAUCUACUAUUAUCGGUUUUGAUAUUUGUGCUUUAAAUUAAAAAGUAUAACUUUUCCUGAAGUGGAAUUAGAAGUGAAGAGACAUGAACAUUGAGUGUGCUAAGUGGAGUGGCUAAAGCAAAAUGGAGGAUGAACCAAAACUGAAGAGUCUUGAACCAUGAACUAACACCAUUGCACACUGACACAGUACCUCAGGAUCCUCUGUCAAAUAUUUUAGUGGAGAUAUUAAACUAUAAGGAAAAUCGAUACAUUUGGAAGCUGGAGAAGUGAGAGAGAAAAAGAGUGAAAAUGUGAGGGACCAAGAGGAGGUGCUUGUAUUGUGGGGAAAAAAACAAAACUGCCACAAGUGAAGUAUUUUUAAAAUUAACCAAUAAAUGUUAAUUUCUGCACCUUUUAGUUGCUGUACAAAAACUGCAGAUGGGUGUUUCUAACACAAUGGAUCUUGGAAAUCUAGUGAAAUGAGCAUCACAAUAGACCUACUGCCCAAGUUAGGCAUGAAUAAGUCAUUGAUUUUGAGUUGUUCAAUGAUUUAUGGUGAGGUUGUCUCCAUAUUCCUCCAGGCCUAUUGCAAGUGAGUGCGAAAUGACCUCAUGAUUUAAAUUCAAGUAUUUGUAAUGCUGCACGACAAUUUUCCAACAAUUGGAAAAUUGAUUUAUCUUUUAAAAGUCUAUGUUGUCAACAGGAAAUGCAUGGUGAAGGUAAUGCCACAAUUACUGGGCAUUCACACUAUUUUCUCGACUACUUUAAAAUGGCCGACAUUUGAAAAUGUUUGUUUCAGUGGUACAAUAAAAGUGUAGUUAAAGGACAAUACCAUUGCAAAAUAAUUGCAGCGCUUCACAUUUGCGCCAUUGAAUCAACUUAAUGCAAUUGGUUCAUCGGUCCCUUGAUAAUCCCAGUAUUAACCAUUGUGUUUUGCCAGUGCAACAAUCACUUUGGUGGCUUGGGGCAGUGUGGUAAAUAGUACUCUGUUUUUUUUAAAUGCACGACUGAAUAUAUUGUCUAACAUCUAUAUCCUUAGAUGGUAAUUAGAUCUUCAGCAACUGUGUCAAGUCUAAGCUGUGUUUAUGAGAUGAAAGAGAAGUUACUUUAGCUAAUGUAUUGGUUUGAAGAUGGAAACAGCAUCUUCAAAAAUAAUAUGAAGAAUUUUGCAUGGCUAUUGCUUACUCAUUCCCAACCUUGCAAUUCAUUCUAAGUAAGUAAUUUCCCAUUUCAAGAGAGAGUUUUAUGAUUAGCUGAAAUUAAAACAAUUAAUAUAAUGUACAUAAUAUAAUAUAAUGAAAUUAAUAUAAUGUCUCAAUCUUAUGUCAAAGGUCUGAAUGCGCUUCAUCUAUUGGCAUAGGGUGCUGUAGUACAGAACUGGGUCUUCAGUCCACCACAUUCAUGCUGACCUAUUUCCCUGUCUACACUAAUCCCAUUUGUCUGCAGUGGACCAGUAUCCAUCUAUGCCUUACCUAUCCCAUGUCUGUCUAACCACUCUUCAUAAGUUCUAGGAGCAGAAUUCAGCCCAUCAAGUCUACUCUGCCAUUCAAUCAUGGUUAAUCUAUCUUUCCCACUCAACCUUAUUCUUCUGCCUUCUCCCCAUACACCCUGACACCCUUAUUAACCAAGAAUCUGUCAAUUUCCACCUCAAAAAUAUCCAUUGACUUGGCCUCCACAGUCGCCUGUGACAUAAGGCAGCCUCUUAAACAUAGGAAUGCUGUCUUAUUCCACCAUCUCCUCUGGCAGUUAUCAACAAUUGCCCGUAAAAAAAACCAAAAAAACUGAGGUCCUUAAUAACUCUUUAUCUUAAAUGGAAAGUUUUGGAGAGAACGAUUUUGACCAUCUAUCCUAUCUGUACUUCUCAUAAUCUUAUAUAUUUACUUUCUGCACUUUCAUAAUUUGCUUCAGAUUUAUUUUGGCAAAAUGUACCAGAUUCUUUCCACAUCGGUGCUCACAAGCAUCAAUAUGAAGACUGAAUACUUAAUCUGGCUAUUUGAUGAUGCCAGUUGAGGAGAUGUGUAGGCACUUCUUUCACCAGAAUCAAGAGAACAGAUGGAUGGCCGCAUUGUUUGAAGCCUCAUCUGAAGUACAACCAUCGAAGAGUACACCAUUGCCUUAAUGCUUCGAUUAUUUGGAUGAUAUGUUCAUCAAAGAGCAGCCUUUGAUCGUACCCUACUUGAAUGUGUAAAGGCACUGGACCAUGACAUAGACAAUAGACAAUGGGUGCAGGAGUAGGCCAUUUGGCCCUUCAAACCAGCACCGCCAUUCAAUGUGAUCAUGGCUGAUCAUCAUCCACAACUAGUACCCUGUUCCUGUCUUCUCCCCAUAUCCCAUGACUCCACUUUCUUCAAGAGCCCUAGCUCGCUCUCUCUUGAAAAUAUCCAGAGAACCGGCACCCACUACCCUCUGAGGCAGAGAAUUCCACAGACUCGCCACUCUCUGUGUGAAAAAGUGUUUCCUCAUCUCCGUUCUAAAUGGCUUAUCCCUUAUCUUAAACUGUGGCCCCUGGUUCUGGACUCCCCCAAACAUCGGGAACAUGUUUCCUGCCUCUAGCGUGUCUAAACCCUUAUUCCUAUAUGUUUCAAUAAGAUCACCUAAAUUCCAGAGUAUACAAGACCAGUCGCUCCAUUCUCUCAGUAUAUGACAGUCCCACCAUCCCGGGAAUUAACCUUGGAGUGGAGAGAAUUUUGCUUUGGUGGAAUCCAACUUCAUGAAGACCACAAUGUAACCAUUUCAAAAUAAAAAAUAUACGGUCCCAUUUUGAUGGACCAGGUAAUCUGUUUUAAUCUAUGAUUGUAAAUAUCAGAUGGUGGCUCUCAUUUUAAUAAAAUAUACCAUUUUAGUUGGUCAGAUUGAAGAAGAUACUGAUUUCUCAUCAGUGACCAUUUCAUAAAUGUACUACAUGCUAGGAAGUUAAUAACACCCUAAUCCACCACCCCAGUUUACUGUCAAAUCUUUAUUUGUAAGCUCUUGACAAAGCAUUGGGUUACAUCAAUAGGUCACCUGUCCUUUUCUCCAGAGAUGCUGCCUGAUCCACAGAGUUACUCCAGCACUUUGUGUCUAUCUUCAAGCAGGCUCAUUGAUCUAUUAACAAAGCAAUCCGAUGGAUCUUCUAAUUCUUCACAGUUCAAUUUGCUUUUAAAUAAUUGAACUUACUGCAAACAUUUUUUAACCAGCAUGAAUGUAAAAGUGCUAAUCCACUAUGAUUUAUUAAUGGCUCUGAGGUGCACUGGAAGUGAAGACCAUGAGUUCAUUAGCCAGUCCAUGUUGAGAUAAAUCCACCCAAGCAGCUACUGGAAGUGAGAUUGCAAAGAUGUGAGAUUUCUGCUUGUCAGUAGUUAAUGAGCUCUGCAAGGAAAUGUACGCAUGUGGAUGAGAGCGAGAUCAGACUCCGCUGUACGACUCUCCACACUGAAAAUAACCUAAAUAGACAACCGUGAGGAAAGGACAUCAUGAUCUAUUUUCCCUUUUUAACUCAGGGCAGAUGAAUCAAUUGUUGAUGUAAGGAAACUCUGCACAGACCUGGGAAUUGGAUCUGCAAACCCACUGGCUAUUCAGCUAAUCGCUCGAUAAACGGCAAUCAACAAGAAAGUUACAACAGAAAUUUAACUUGUUUAUGACAAUACAGGUAGCUGUUCAGCCCAUCAAUGUGUAUACUGGCUCAUGAACAGCCUUUGAAGCACCAAACCCCUUCUCUUUAUUUCCCAACAGCCCGACUGCCUACUCCCUCUUACAUGCUCAUCUACUCCCCUUUGAUUCUUUGAGCACCUACCCAUGCUAAGGGGGAAGUUACAGUAGCCAUUGAAUCUAUCAACACUUCUUGAGGUUGUAGGAAAUCGUAGAUGGCCAAAUCAUAUGUUCACGAGUUCUUCAGUCACAGGGGUAGAAUUAAGCCAUUCAGCCCAUUGCGUCUACUCCACCAUUCAAUCAUGACUGGUCUAUCUUUUCCUCAACCCUAUUCUCCUGCCUUCUCUCCAUAACCUUUGACACAUGUACCAAUCAAGAACCUAUCAAUCUCUGCUGUAAAAAUACCCAAAUACGGCCUCCACAGCCGUCUGUGGCAAAGAAUUCCACAGUCACCACCCUCUGCCUUUAGUCUAACUCUAGUCCUAGACUCUCCCUCUAGUGGAAACAUCCUCUCCACAUCAUCUGGCAGCAACCCACACAGUCAUGGGGAGAACAUGCAACAUCACAUAUAAAACAGCACUCAAGGCCAUGAUCAAACCCAUGCCCCUGAAGUUGUAAGGCAGCAGCAAGAACUGCUGUAUCACCUUCUAACUCACCUUAACAAACAUAGUUGAAAACAAAUCAAAUGUAUUAUGGUUGUUGUGAUUGUAGCAGUGCAGAUGGCAAACUUGUACUGUUCAUGCUUUACUGAUGCGCAAUUGGACAAGCAAUGGUGUUGCUCGCAGACUGGUUGAAGCUCCUUAACCUAUGAAUGUACAAUCUAUGAAUGCACAAACUUAAAAAAAACACACAGAAUGCUAGAGUAACUCAGCGGGUCAGGCAGCAUCACUGAAGAACAUGGAGAAGUAAAGUUUCGGGUUGGGACCCUUCUUCAGACUGAUUGUUAGGGGGAGGGGGCAUGGGGUGAAGAAAGUUGGAAGAGCCAAAGGACAUUUAUUGCCACAUACACUAAUUGGUGCAAUGAAAUUUGAGUUACCAUGCAGCACACAAAUAAGAUAAACACACUAUAGAAUUUAACAUUCAACAUAAAAAACAUCCCCCCACAGUGGAAUCAACAUUUCCCACUGUGAGGGAAGGCAACAAAGUUCAGUCCUCUUCCUCUUGUUCACCCGUGGUCAGGGCCUAUUGAGGACUCCGCAGUCGCUGCAACGGCGGCCCGAUGUUUCAGGCCCUCUCGCCGGAUUAUGAUACUCAGGUGCCAGAAGAACACUCUCAGCGGCUUGGAGUUCCGAAUCGGCCAUUUCCUACCGGAGACCGCGGCUCCUGAAGUCUACAGGCCGAACUGGGCGGAGCUCCAACACUGGCAACCUCGGUGAAAGAUCCCAGGGCUCCGCGAUGUUCCCCCUUCCCCCCCCAAUCCCCCAAAUAAAAAGACUAAAAGACCUCCAAAACAAAACUUUUUGACAGACUACAAAUUUUUAAAAGGAUGAAAGGACAAACAGCUGCAGGUGAGGCUGCCACACCCGAUGGCGCCACCACUCAGACGGGCAGGUAAUGGGUUGAUACAGGUGAGGAGAAUUUUUGGUAGGCAGAUGGUUGGACAAAGGUCAGGGAUGAGAAGACACGAAGGUGUGAGACAAAAGGAUUGAAGAGUUGCGAAUCGUGAAGCUAGUGGAAGGAAUAUAGGGGGAAGGGGAGAAAUAGUGGCGAGUUCAGGUUGGGCACCGUUUAUUUUUUCAGGGUUCCUUGUUUCUAAUGUACAAUCUUGUUUUGGUCUGAAUUUCUUGAAAGAUCAUGUUGCCAGCUAACACUUUUCUGAGUGUGAUCAUUACCUAGGAUGACCUGAUUUUAAGAGAUCUUCAGUUACAGCCAUUCUUGUCCACCGGUACAAAUGCAGCUACCACAUGUGUUGCCAACUAAGUCUUAUUAUUGCACUUUGGAAGGUCAGCCCUGCCAUGUGAAUGACCAGUAAAGUGAAAUCUCAGGCUUAACACGAGAACCUAGGCUCCACUGAAGUAUUUUGUAACUUUUAUGUGUAAGCCAGAAAGGUGGCACUCAAGUUGGAUGAGUUUGGUCAUGUGUAAAACCAUUUGAUGAAGUGCAUUGGCUAUAUAGGAAAUCAUGUCCCAUGAACCUAAUAGACUUCAUUAAAUAUGCCACCAAGAAGAUUGAUGAGAUCAAGGAAAUAGACAUUAUGGAGUUUAGCAUGGCCUUUGGCAAGAUCCCACACGAUAGGCUAGUCAGGUAGGUUUUUCUUCACAUGGAUUCCAAGGCAAAGAGGCAAAUUGGAUUCAAAUUUGACUUGGAGGAAGGAGUAGUUGUGGAGGGUUGUUUAUCCGAUAUGUGACUUGUGACCAGUGAGUGCCACAAGGGAUCUGCUUGGGGUCACUGUUUCACUAUAUUAAUGAUUUGGAUAGCUAUGUACAUUAUCAGUAAAUUUUGCAAAUGUCACCAAAAUUGGUGGUAUAGUGGAAAAUGAGGAAGGAUACCCAAGUUGGGAAGGGGGGUAAACGAAAGACAAAUAGAAUUGAAUUCUGACAACUGUCAGGUGUUGAAUUUUGGUAUGUCAAACCGGAGCACAACUUGCACAGUAAAUGUUAGAGCCUUGGAUAAUGUUACAGAACGGAGAGAUCUGGGAAUAGAGAUGUGUGGUUCACCGAAAGUGGUGAGUCAGGUGGACAGGAUGGUGAAGAAGUUCACAUAAGGCUGGACUAACUCAGCAUGUCAGGCAGCAUCUCUGGAGAAAAUAAAUAAGUGACGUUUCGGGUCAAAAUCCUUCUUCAGAUCUCAAUCCGACAUGUCACCUAUUCAUUUUCUCCCGAGAUGCUGUCUGACCCGCUGAGUUACUCCAGCCUUUUGUAUCUGUCUUCAGUUUAAACCAGCAUUUGCAAUUUCUCCCUACACAUGGUGAUGGUGGUGUUUGGUUCACUUUUCUUCAUUGGGAAGGAGUACAAAAACUGGAUGCAGCUGUUCAAGUCAAUGGUGAAACCACACUUAGAGUACAGUGAGCAGUUCUGAUCACCCACUAUUGGAAGAAUGUCAUUAUGUUGAAAAUGGAGCAGGAAAGAUUCAGAAAGUUAUGUGUAGGGAAAAACUGCAAAUGCUGGUUUAAACCGAAGAUAGACACAAAAUGCUGAAGUAACUCAGCAGGACAGGCAGCAUCUCUGGAGAGAAGGAAUGGGUGAUGUUUUGGAUGGAGACCCUUCUUCAGAAAGUUACCUGGACUUGCAGGCUUCAGUAAUAGCUGGGACAUUUUUCUUUGGAGUGUAGGAGGCUAAGAGGGGACCUUAUUGACACGAGAGCCAUAAUAAAGUGAGUGUUCACAGUCUUUUUUUCGCAGUAUUCAAAAACUAGAGGGCAUCGUGCCCAUUUAUUGACUCUCCACAUCAUAUGCACCUGUAGUACCAGAUCUCUCCAUUCUGCAACACUUUCUAGGACUCUACAAUUUACUGUGCAAGUCCUUCCCUGUUUGACAUACCAAAGUGCAACACAUCACUCUUGUCAGAGUUAAAUUCCAUUUGUCAUUCCUAGGCCCAUGCUUAUAGUGAGAGGGGAGAGAUUUAAGAGGGACCUCAGGAGCAACCAGUGCACUCAGAGGGUAGUCAGUAUUUGGAAUGGUCUGCCAGAGGAGCAGGUGGAUUCAAUUACCGACUUUCAAAAUACAUUUGCACAGAUAUAUGGACAAGAAGGCUAUUGAGAGCUUUGGGCCAAAGAUGGACAAAUGUGACCAGCUCAAUAUGCCAUCUUGAGUAGCAUGGAUAAGGUGGGCCUAGAGACCUGUUUCCAUGUUGUAUAAUUUUAUGACUCUAAAACAUAAUAUUUUUAAAAAAUUUACAGCAGUAUCGGAAUUUUGUAUAUAGUUAAGUUCAUCAUAGCAUUUACUUGGGGCCCCAUAACAAACAGUAACCCAUGGAGCACUUUGUUUGGAGAAGCGUUGCUAAUAAUUGCUGAAAAUUAUUUUCCUGUUAGUAAGCAGAUACAAUAGAGAUGAGAGGCCAGCUCCAUGUUGAUUACGCGUCUAUGUGGCAUUUGGUAUGUUUUACUUUGUUGAAAGCACUGUACAAUUGAAGGUUAUUGCUGUAUUGUAGCUGUUGCUUGAUGCAUGAAUAGGACUCAGAUCCACGGAGACAGAAAUCUGAUGUCCAUUGGUAUUACUAUGCCACAGCUCAUAUCUGUAAUCCUGCAAAAGCCUUCUAAAUAAAUACAUUUGGGGGCUUAUUUAUAGCUGUGAAGCAAGAUAACUUUGUUAACAUAUUAAUUGCCAAAAGGACAUAUUUUUAAGAACAAUUGAAAGGAGGAAAAACAUUUUCACCUGCACUUUGAAGAAUAUCUAAAUUUAGCAGCACAGGCAGGGUUGUGGGAGCUGGCUGUGGGUAGACAGUCAUUAUCGACUGGUCUCCAUUUUGUUUUUGUGAAUAUGAAUGUUUGUUUCAUUAGUGCUGAUUGGGAUAUAAUGUGCAGAGGAGUUAUUCCGUGUUCAGCGUUGAUCUAAUAAACAAAAUGACCGCUGGGGAUGAAAACAACCUUGCAGGUUUCAAAAUUGCAAUUCACUGCAAGCUAAUACAAGACAAUUGGUGACGGAGCACAGAGAAAAGAAAAAGCUAAAAAAAAGCGAUUACCCAAAUUCUACAGAAUUUCCUCAGGAACAGCAGAUGAUAUAGAAUUUAAACUGAAAUAGAUAAUUAACAAUGAACACACUGAAGACAGAAAUAAAUUGAAGCUGAUGAUUAUUUUGCAUUAUGCCUUAGAAGCUACGAUGCUAUAUCGCUAGCUAGUUAGUUUAAAGUGCUCGUCUAUUUUGAGUCGAGCCCUGAAGUGAAAACUAAUAGUUAAUUUAGUAGCCUGCACCAGAAGACAAGGAAAUUAUUAAAGUAGCAGUAGGUGUAGCUCUU